GAGGGAGCCCCACAGCCAAUCACCGCGCAGCUCGUCCCUCGGGCUUGUACCCUUUAGUGAAAGAAUUCAGCUCCUUGCGAGAAAGUUACCUGUGGCCGACCAAGUCCGCCACUUUCUGCUCUGUGACUGCCCACUGCCACGAUCCGGGAGGACGCCGCGCCGCCCGGCCGCCUCCGAGCUCGGGCCCCAUGUGAGGGGCCCUUCCUUAUCCCACCUUUCCGGCUAGGUGAGGGCGCGAGCGGGCGAGCGAGCGAGAGUGGUGAGGGGGGACGGAAAAGCAGAAUUACCUGUAGCUCUUGUUCUGCCAUCUCGGGCGCUCUCACACACCUUCACCUGCACAGACUUGAAAGUCCAGUUUCACCAGAGGCUGAGGCUCCAGGAAAAGGGGAGCGAGUUCAUUGGAUCAAACAUGUCACAAGAGUCGGACAAUAAUAAACGACUGGUGGCCUUAGUGCCCAUGCCCACGGACCCUCCGUUCAACACCCGAAGAGCCUACACUAGUGAGGAUGAAGCCUGGAAGUCAUAUUUGGAGAAUCCGCUGACUGCGGCCACCAAGGCGAUGAUGAGCAUCAAUGGUGACGAGGACAGUGCCGCCGCCCUUGGCCUGCUGUACGACUAUUACAAGGUUCCUCGAGACAAGAGGCUGCUGCCUAUAAGCAAAUCAAGUGACAGCCAAGAAGAUCAGGACAAAAGAAACUGUCUUGGCGCCAGCGAAGCCCAGAGCAAUCUGAGUGGAGGAGAAAACCGAGUGCAGGUCCUAAAGACUGUUCCAGUGAACCUUUCCCUAAAUCCAGACCACCUGGAGAAUUCCAAACGGGAGCCGUAUAGCUCGGCCGUCUCCGAGGGCCCCACCAUCAUCCCCGUGUCAGGAAUCACGGUGGUGAAAGCUGAAGAUUUCACGCCGGUGUUCAUGGCCCCACCCGUGCACUAUCCCCGGGGAGAUGGCGAGGAGCAGCGGGUGGUUAUCUUUGAGCAAACUCAGUACGGCGUGCCCUCCAUGGCCAGCCACAGCACCUACCUCAAGGAUGACCAGCGCAGCACCCCGGACAGCACUUACAGCGAGAGCUUCAAGGACGGGACCACCGAGAAAUUUCGGAGUGCUUCAGUCGGGGCUGAGGAAUACAUGUAUGACCAGGCAUCAAGCGGCACAUUUCAGUACACCCUGGAAGCCACCAAAUCACUCCGUCAGAAGCAGGGGGAGGGCCCCAUGACCUACCUCAACAAGGGACAGUUUUAUGCCGUAACGCUCAGUGAGACGGGAGACAACAAAUGCUUCCGACACCCAAUCAGCAAAGUCAGGAGUGUGGUGAUGGUGGUCUUCAGUGAAGACAAGAACCGAGAUGAGCAGCUGAAAUACUGGAAGUACUGGCACUCUCGGCAGCACACGGCGAAGCAGCGGGUCCUCGACAUCGCGGAUUACAAGGAGAGCUUUAAUACAAUUGGAAACAUCGAAGAGAUCGCUUAUAAUGCUGUUUCCUUCACCUGGGAUGUGAACGAGGAGGCGAAGAUUUUCAUCACUGUGAACUGCCUGAGCACAGAUUUCUCCUCCCAAAAAGGCGUGAAAGGACUUCCUUUGAUGAUUCAGAUUGAUACAUACAGUUAUAAUAAUCGUAGUAAUAAACCCAUUCAUAGAGCUUAUUGCCAGAUCAAGGUCUUCUGCGACAAAGGAGCAGAAAGAAAGAUCCGAGAUGAAGAGAGGAAGCAGAACAGGAAGAAGGGGAAAGGCCAGGCCUCCCAAGCCCAGUGCAACAACUCCUCUGAAGGGAAGCUGGCAGCGAUGCCUUUACAAAAGAAGAGUGACAUCACCUACUUCAAGACAAUGCCUGAUCUGCACUCGCAGCCGGUCCUCUUCAUACCCGAUGUGCACUUCGCAAACCUGCAGAGGACAGGACAGGUGUACUACAACGCGGAUGACGAGCGAGAAGGCAGCAGUGUCCUGGUUAAACGGAUGUUCAGGCCCUUGGAAGAGGAGUUUGGCCCAACACCUUCCAAGCAGGUGAAAGAAGAAGGGAUGAAGCGAGUGCUUUUGUACGUGAGGAAGGAGACCGACGACGUGUUCGACGCCCUGAUGUUGAAAUCGCCCACGGUGAAGGGCCUGAUGGAGGCGAUAUCUGAGAAAUACGGGCUGCCUGUGGAGAAGAUAGCAAAGCUCUACAAGAAAAGCAAAAAAGGCAUCUUGGUGAACAUGGAUGACAACAUCAUUGAGCACUACUCAAACGAGGACACCUUCAUCCUCAACAUGGAGAGCAUGGUGGAAGGCUUCAAGAUCACCCUCAUGGAAAUCUGAGCUCCGGUCUCGGUGCGCCCGCGGCAGGAGCCCUCGGCACACUCCUCCCUGGGAGAGCAGGCCCGGCCCGCAACCCGCAGACCCGCCUCGCCCACCUCAGAACUGCUGUUACACGACUGUGCUGCAGAGCAGGAUGAGGCUCGGAGCCCUGCUGCUCGUCCAUGUGUCCGGCCCGUCCACCAGCUCCUGCCGUGGAGCUGAGGCCCCAGCCCCUCGGGAAGGGGCCUUGCACCUGUCAGACCCUUAUUUAUUGUCCACUAGUUUUGGGAGCACAGGGCCUGGCCUGGACUCAGCAGGCCACUGCGGCUCCAGAGGACGUCCUCCAGAGCCUGCAAGGGCAACUCCGCCAAUCCAUUCAUCUCGAAGCACCUGAGAAGGCCUCGUCCCCUCUGUGUUACCUCUCCACUUCUCCCGAGUGGCUGGACAAAAUGAGCCGCUUCUGGGUGCAGUAGUCAGAGGCUGGGUAAGAGGUGGACACCCCCCUACUGGUCAACCCUUCAGGUUGAUCUGGGACGGUCAUCUUGCUAGAUACCUUCAGGGGUUCCCAGCAAGUGGCCAUCAGGCCUUGUACGGGAAGACAUUCAGCUACCAUAUAAUUAGCAGGUGACACAGAAGACAUGCCUGGAUAUCAUGUACAUAGUGUUUAUAAUAUUGCAAUAAUAUAUUUUACCUGUGGUACGCGGGCACGUUUGCACCGCUGGCCUAGAGGAGGCACGUGCCUGGAGAUUCUGCUUUCUGUAAGAGGUUUCUGCCUCUUUGCUGUUCAAGAGACACGCUGGGCUAGGGAACGGCCUUCAGGGCGUGAGUGACUAUGGUGGGUGCCAAGACAGAUGCCCUGGUGGGCAUGGCCGGGACUCGGUCCUGUCGGCAGAGGGAGCCUGUUUUCUCUGCACAGGCACGGCCAGCUUUGGAGCCCACCGCCUUUGCCCCAUGGUGAUGUGCUUUGCAUGUCUCCCUCUGAGCCGUCUCCUGGGAAGGGUCUGACGUCUGAGGCCCUGGCCCCUCCAGCUUUGCUGUUGGCACUGCCUAAGCCUUCUGGAGGGGCUGUGGUGGGGUUGCCGCUGGGGCCCAAGGCAGAGCUCCAAGGCGAUCACAGGAACCCCGGCCUUUGUGCAGGGCCUCAUGGUUUACAAGCACGUCCUUCAUCUCAAGUGGCCCCUUAAGCCCAACUGCAGUUCCAAGAGUGGUGCCAACAGCUCAGUUCUGAGUGGGUGGCCUCCCGGGUCUCGGUGCCGGAGAGGAAGGGACUGCUGGCUUCUGCUCCAGGCUGCUGGAUUUAGAGGGAGGGAGGGACAGUGCCCCAAGAGCCCUGGUCUUCUGAAACCAGCCUCCAGAGGAGAACUCCACCUCCUGCUACAGGCCCUGAGAGGUGAAGAAGAGGAAACACACUUCCCUGAAGAACCACAAAACCAUGAUCCUUCUUGGGCUGCUGUCCUCUUUGAGGGGGCAGGUAGGUAGUCCAUGGGUUUGCAUUCACCCUUGUGGGUGGAAGCACCUGCUUUUUGGUAGUGAGAUGCACCCCCCACCCAAGGUCUUGGAUCUAGAACAGGCUCUAUGUCGGCCCAGAUUUGUCUGUAAAGCACUUUGACGCCUUCCCCGGGGCUCUCUCUCCAAGGGCUCCCUGCCCUCCCAGCCCUGCUGGACUCUGAGGCUGCAGAGGGUUUGGAUGGGAUGCAGGACCGGUGUCAUGCCUAGGAAGAACUCGGGAGGUGGUAAGGGAGCACCUUUCUGCGUGUCUUCUGGACAGCUUACCCCUCCCUGUGGUGCCAAAGGUUUGCAUCCUGGAUUCAGCUCUGCUCCUGUCUGUCCCUUCCUCCUGCACUGGGUGACUGCCAUGCCCUGGACUAGCAGCUUGGACCCUCCUGGGCACCGAUGGGGCUCUGUUCUAAGAUGGACACAUUCAGUGUGGAAAUACCGGACACACUAUGCACUUCCUGUGCUCCUGGCCUUAGGGGUGGUUUCCAACGUCACUGGCAGACGGAGUGGCAAAUGCUAUUGGACGGGCAUGGGACUUCCGGUGAGGGAAAGAUAGAGUACUCUGGCAAUCCGACACAGGUUACCUGCCCUUCUCUCUAGACGCUGUGGGGAAAACUGCUUGCCGGUCCUGCCCUAGGCAGCAGGUGAAUCGGAAAUGCUUUUGCAUUUUUUCCCAGGUCCCUGAGUGGUGGCGGCCGCUGGCAGAACAAAGAAUAUGAGGUCAGUGCCACCAAAGGGUGGUUCAGAGUGUCGGCUCCCAGGUGAUCUGUCCUCCAUGUUUCCCACGGCCCCUCGGUAUUCUUGGAGCGCCCGUGGCUUAGCUACGAUGUGUUCUUCACUAUGAAAGUUAGCAGGGCUCUGAUGAGGGAAACGUCCUGAGCAAAAACACUCCAGAAAGAAAGGAAAAUUUGCCUCCUCUUCUUUUGUUGCCCCUUAAUUUAAUCACAUUCAAAUAAAUAAGCUUUAAAAAAUCCAUGUAAAAUGAGGAACAUGUGAAACAAGGGUUUUUUAAAAAAAUAUGCUCAAAUUGCUCAGACUUUACGGGUCUUUGGAAAUUGAGACCAACAGAAAAAUGCAAUCAGAUGUCAUCUUGAAUUGGAUCCUGAGAGGCGAAGGCACGUCCCAUGCCACAAACUUAGGAAGCGUGAAAUGAAUCAAACAUUUAUUUUUCCUUCUUAUUUAAAAUCAUGAAAUGCAACAAAAACAGAGGGUUUGUGCCAAAUUCUAUGAACAGCCCUUUCUUAAAGGCAAGCAAGGGAGAUUGAUAGAUGGACAAUUUGCUCUUGUGUUAAAAAAAAAAAAAGGCAAAUGUAACUUAAUAGUUUUGUAAAUGGGAGAGGGGGAAUCUAUAAACUACAAAUACAGUUAUUUUAUUUUUUGUACAUUUUUAAGAAGAAAAAAUAAAUAUUCAUAAAGUAAGAGUAAA